UGAUCUCGUAAACUAAACUGUCUCAAUUAGUAGUAGUCUCGUCGAUGAAAAACGUGCGUUGUUUCUCAAGAACGAUCUUCACUUACCGUGCAUUUCACCUUUCAAGCAAUCUUUCAAGGGGGAGUACGUCAAAACGACAUACUCUCUCGAUUGUCGUUGAAACAAUACUUGUGCCGAAGGAGACGAGUAAAGGACAUGUCGAUGCAAUCUUUUCCAAUGAUAAAUACGUCCUGAUCGUGUGCGCACAGUUCAUUUAUUAACAGUCUUUGGUGUCAGACAUAAAUUAUCCAUACCGAUGUAACAAUAUCAAUCGCUUCUAAGCAGUGCAAGCAAAGCAGCUCGCGAUUACGAUGCUAAAGAUCCAUAAAUUAUCAAGAGUGAUUAAAAUUACCCCGCCGCUGAGACUUCCUAUCGACGUCUGUUGAGGUUAAGAUGCUAGGAGCUACAGGGGGAUCGAGCGAACGUGCAUGAUCGUUCUUUUCGAAAUUGUGAGCUCAGAGUGUUGCUCAAAGUAGAGCAGUGAGUAGCACCUCGUUUGAGAGCAUUCGUUCGGAGCGCGGCGUAAGUUGAGAGAGCACAAGUUACUGCCCAAUGCCCAAUUAAUGCCGUAAAGUGCCGUAAAGUUUUAAUACGAAAGAUGGGAUAAUGAGUAUAUUCGGAGGGACAUACGGAUCACUCUCUCCGUUAUCGUCGUUAUCGUAUCGAUCGAACAUUUCUAUGAGAUAUCGUCUCGGUAGUCUCCGCUGAGUAUACUCUUGGCCAAGUAUGACAUAUAACACCUUCAACCAAUGUGAAUAGUAUGAAGCCACGCACAUGUUGGCUACAUGUCUCCCGCAUACUGUUACUUAGCCUCCUUACUGGCCCGAUUCAUAGCCAUUUAAGCAGCAGCAGCUCGAAACGGCACAAUGACAAAGGCUAUGCCACUGGAUCUGUAUGUAACACAUCCGCAUCCUGCGUUGGCUGCAGUGCGCAGCAGCUCCAGGUCAAAUUCUCCACCAAGAUAAUCGAGAAUGAGUACAUAGUCGCGUUUAAGGGUUACUACAAGCCGCAUACACGAAAGAAUUACAUAGGAGCCGCGCUAAAUUCAUCCGGCGUAAACAACUGGACAAUUUUGCAUCGUGACAAUUUGGCGUCUCGUUUCCCUAGUGACUUUGACAUUGUGCUACUGGAGGAAACAGUAAAAUAUCACGGGCUCAACGCUUUGGGUAACCAUCCACUUGUAAGGAGAGUAACGCCGCAGAGACUCGUGCGUAGAAGCUUGAGGUUUAUCAAUGGUACAACAGAUGACUCGGAUGUUCCAGAAUAUAAGAACUUGAGGAGACGGGCCAAUACUUACAAUAUACAGAACGUGUUGGAGCAAUUGACAAAUCGCCAUUCGUCUCGCAGACUGCUGAGAGCCAUACCGAGGCAAAUUACACAUAUUCUCCAGGCUGACGCAUUAUGGGCGAGAGGUAUUACCGGCAAGGGCGUAAAAGUGGCGAUAUUCGACACCGGACUCGCUGUCAGUCAUCCACACUUUAAGAAGAUCAAAGAGAGAUCAAAUUGGACGAACGAAAAGACUCUGGAGGAUGGCCUGGGCCACGGCACAUUUGUCGCUGGUGUCGUCGCGUCAACAUCCAGGGAUUGUUUGGGUUUCGCUCCGGACGCGGAGCUGCACAUCUUCCGUGUCUUCACAAACGCUCAGGUGUCCUAUACCUCGUGGUUUUUGGAUGCAUUCAAUUAUGCCAUACUCAGUAAAGUCACGGUGUUGAAUCUGAGUAUCGGGGGUCCAGAUUUUAUGGAUCAUCCGUUCGUUGACAAAGUGUGGGAGCUCACAGCCAAUGGUGUCAUUAUGGUGUCGGCGAUUGGCAACGAUGGGCCUUUAUACGGCACUCUGAACAAUCCUGCCGAUCAAAUGGACGUGAUCGGUGUGGGAGGUAUCAACUGGGACGACCAAAUAGCGAGAUUUUCAUCGCGCGGCAUGACAACGUGGGAAUUACCAUACGGAUAUGGAAGAGUCAAACCCGAUCUGGUUACAUACGGAUCGGGGGUGAAAGGGUCCGCUUUGCAGAAAGGGUGCAGAACUCUGUCCGGCACUUCCGUAGCUAGUCCCGUUGUCGCCGGUGCGGUUGCGCUUCUGGCCAGCGGAUUUGUACGAACGGACGAGUCGAAGGCUGUUAAGCAGAAGGUAACGCCGGCGAGUAUGAAGCAAGCGUUGCUGGGAUCAGCCCGCCGUUUACCUGGAAUCGGCAUGUUUGAGCAAGGUGCGGGAAAGUUGGAUCUUUUGCAGGCGUUUCAGUUCUUACAGUCGUAUACUCCUAUCGUCACGCUCAGUCCGAGUUAUAUAGAUCUGACCGAAUGUCAAUACAUGUGGCCGUACUGUACGCAAGCUGUGUAUCACACUGGCAUGCCGACGAUAAUGAACGUGACUAUAAUAAACGGCCUGGGUGUGUCCGGACAUGUGGUGAAUCUUACCUGGCAUCCGUACGCGGGUGACGGCAACGGCCAGCGCAUCGAUGUGGCGUUUACACACAGCGACGUUCUAUGGCCAUGGUCAGGCUGGUUAGCGGUCGCUGUGACGGUCCCGUCGACAUCCCGCAACUGGCAAGGCAUCGCGCACGGUUAUAUCUCCCUCACGAUCGAGUCACCGGCGUGCGACGGUGAAGUUAAGCCGCGACAGUCGACAAUAAGACUCCCGUUGAAGGCGAAAGUCAUACCUACACCUCCUAGACACAAACGUAUCCUGUGGGAUCAGUAUCACAAUUUGCGCUAUCCACCCGGAUAUUUUCCCAGAGAUGACUUGCGCGUAAAGAACGAUCCUCUCGAUUGGAACGGAGAUCAUAUACACACAAAUUUCAAGGACAUGUAUCAGCAUCUACGCAACGCCGGGUAUUAUUUCGAAGUGCUCGGCCAUCCGUUCAUUUGUUUCAACGCGAAGAAUUACGGAGCGCUACUCAUCGUGGAUACAGAGGAGGAAUUCUUUCCCGCAGAGGUGGCGAAGCUGAAGCGGGAUGUGGAAGACGACGGUCUGUCGGUGAUCGUGUUUGCAGAUUGGUACAAUGUCACAGUCAUGCGAAAGGUGAAGUUUUACGACGAGAAUACUCGUCAAUGGUGGAUACCUGAUACAGGAGGUGCCAAUAUUCCCGCUAUAAACGAUUUACUCUAUCCCAAUUGGGGCGUGGCAUUCGGCGAUGAAGUGCGAAACGGUCAGUUUACCCUCGGUCAACACGCACCGGUCACAUUCGCGUCCGGCACUACACUCGCCAGAUUUCCCAAGGACGGAGUAAUUUUAUACGCCGAGCUGCAAGAUCAAGGUCGAGAGUUUCUCCUGGAAAAGGAAUCAGGAGCGCCUACACUCGUACCUAUCCUCGGACUGUUGCAAGUGACCAACGAGAAUGACGUCGAAGCGACGCACAGUAAAGGCGAAAGCAACGAUCAGAUUGUGCAAACGGACGUGAGACAGGAGGAGAAGAAUCGUGCGAAAGAACAGACGAGCACCACGCCCGGUAGACUCGUCGUUUACGGAGACUCGAAUUGCAUCGAUGACAGCCACUUGCAAAAAUCUUGCUUCUGGAUGCUCGACGCUAUUCUGGAGUACACGACGACGGGUUACAUGCCUACCGUUUUUACGGAUGAAAACGAAACUAAACACAAGACUGUGAAAGCAGUCGAUAACCUAGAGAUUGGAGAAUUGCCGCGUCGGAUGGAGGGAAAUCAUUUGAGCCGUCACAGCAAGGUAUUAAUGGAUGACGGGCCGGCGGGCAGUUUCAGAUCUCUUCCAUUGUGUCCUACAGCGGUCAACGCUGUACCAUUACCGGUGAAUGAGACUGUGCCGAUAAAUCUUUACCAAUCUAACAAGGUACUUUCCGUGAGUAACACUAUGAACAUAGGAAGUCCAGUACUGCACGAAGAAACGGACGCCUUGUGGCUGAAGAGACGAGUCGGUGGUGCUAGUAUACCUACACUGCAAAAUAUCGGCGUUGACAACAUGGCUUAUGAUGUGGAGGCAAUCGAGGAAGAGAAUUCAGUGAUCGUGAAUCAAUGGAGCUUUAUAUUGGGCAUAAUUAUCGUAGUGAUAUUGGUCGUGUAUUUGUGGAAUCAGUGGGCUUAUUUGGUCACGAAGAGACAUUCACGCAGGAAACGCACCGUUGGCAGGAUACGUAGGUUGAUUCAAGCUAUCGCCAUGCGUAGAGUACCACAGAUGUAGCGGAAUGAGAAGAAUCGAAUAAGAACUUAUUAUUCAUGUAAGAGAGGACUCUGCGCAAUGAAUGUGUAAAAACUCAACGGUUCGUACGGCUGGCUUUUAUACGCAUUAUGCAAAAAACAAAGGAGAAGACUCACAUGAUAACUUUGUUCGAUUACCCAAUGAAAUCGAUGAGCAGCAUAUACAUACACACACACACACACACACACACACACACACACACACACACA